AAACCGCGAUGUAAACAAAAAUCGCUUUGCGUCCUCCUCGCUUCUUCCUUCAAAUCUUCAUCUACCUCAUGUCACAGGUCGCGGCGUAGCGGUGCAGUGAUGGCUGGGGUUGUGGCGGUGCAUGUGGGUGCCGGGAGUCACUCCUCGUCCCUCAAAGGAGAAUACAAGAAAUUAAUGAAGAAGGCGUGCAACCAGGCCAUAGCAGUCCUUCAAGGGGGUGGGAAUGCUGUGGAUGCAGUGUGUACUGCCACGCAGGUGUUGGAAGACUCCCCUCGCACUAACGCAGGAUUUGGGUCUUCCCUAACAGCUGAUGGUGGAGUAGAGUGUGAUGCAAGUGUAAUGGAUGGACACACGCUACGUCAUGGGGCAGUUGGUGCCGUGCCGGGUGUGAGGAACCCCGUGCUGCUGGCCAGACAGAUCCUUGAUGCACAGUCACAACCUCUGCCUGGCGGCCUUGUUCCUCCCAGUUUUUUGGCUGGGUCUGGAGCUCAGGUGUGGGCAGCCUCGAAUAAUGUGGAAACGUGUCAACCUGGAGAUUUAAUAGCUGAGAGAUCCCAGCGGAUACAUGAGGAAAGUUUACGCAAUAUUCAAAGACUUGAAGAGGGUGGGGGCAAGAGGCGGAGAUAUGCUUUACCUGAGGAAGAGGAAGAAAUGCAGGGCGGACUUUUAGAUACUGUUGGUGCUGUGUGCGUUGAUGGUUCUGGCUAUGUCGCAAGUGCCGUGUCCAGUGGAGGUCUUCUGCUCAAGCAUACAGGAAGGGUUGGACAGGCUGCAGUAUAUGGUUGUGGCUGUUGGGCCGAGAACAAUUGUGAUGGUAGCGGUGUAAGUGUAGGAGUUAGCACCACAGGUUGCGGGGAGCACCUCAUCCGCACCAUGUUUGCCAGACUGUGUGCUCGUGCAGCCAUCUCACCAGAGCUGGGAACCAAUAUCACUCAUGCAGUCACCACUCACUUCCUGGAAUCUGACUUUUUAGAGGGUGUCCAUCCAAGAAUGGCUGGUGCCCUUAUCUUGCGGCACGAUCCUCGAGGAGGUAUAAGUGAUCUCUACUGGCUCCAUACAACACGCACAAUGGGCGUUUGCUACAUGACCACCAGUGAUCGCAGGCCACAGGCUCAGUUUUCGGAACUUGCUGAGGACAAAAUUGGCAUCUCGGUGAACCUCCAAAGUAAGUCAUUUGGAGGAGGUAUGCCUGUUGUCACAACAGCUAGUGAACUGGAGCCUGGUCCAUCCCAUGCAGGUGUGUCUGGCCUCUUGGUAGGAGAGGAGGCAGAGGAAAGGGAAAAGAGUGACUCCAGUGAUGACGAAGAAGAACCAGGAUAACAGGGAAGAAGCAAGAUAAUGAAAUACAGUAUGCACUUUAAAAAAAAAAAAAGAGGAAACAAGUCCUGAAUAAAAACAAUUAAAUUAUCUCAUCCUUAUAAAAUGAUGGUAUUGUAAUAGUUGAGUUUGGUUAACUGAAGCUGCUUCCUCAAUUUGUAAUUAAUUUCAAUGGGAAUAAUUAAUUUGACUAGUUGUUUGAUAGUCAUGUGAAGAUUAAAAUAAUAACUUGUCGGAAAUUUCAGAAUAUUGAUCAGGAAAUAUGUCAGAAAUUUCAGAAUAUUGAUCAGGAAAUAUAGGUCUGUUUCCAUGGUAAUGUUUUAAAUUGCAGCAGUCAUUUAGGGUAAAACUUGAGCUUCAGUGGGUGAUAGUUUUUUGUGUUUAAGAAUAAGCUAAAUUUAAAUUAUAAAGUCAUCACAAGAUUUAUAAUGCCACUGCCAAGACUUUAUUUAAGUGGGGUGUUUGUAUGAUCAGUUUCUUGCUCUUCAGGGUAAAAAUGCCAAAAUAUUGGCAACUUUGCUUUUCAAAUGAUUAUAGCAUUAAGGUUCAUCAUAACUGUCACUGCCAAAUGUGCACAGCCACUUACCAGUAUUUUCAAAGCAUUUCCAUAGUAACACAGUUCUUUCCGGAGAGUGCAUUACGAGCCUGUGGUAGCAGGGUGGGUAGACAUUUCUUCGGACCCCUGCCUGUCUGGAGGUUACACUUCUCAAUUUAUAAAUAAAUAUGCUUGCAAUGGACCAUAGAUACUACACAAUGUUUUAAUCUAUGUAUAAUGCACCAUUAUGGUAUGAUUUGUGAGUAUGUUUAUGAAUAUUACUUACACAGUACUUGUAAGCAUAUCAUGUACAAUUGCUGUGUACUGUUCUUCAAAUUUCUCUUAAGAUUGAUGAAGUGAAAUUUUAAGUGUCCAUAGAAGAGUUAAAUCUUUCCUGCGUACCACAGGCAAUUUAACUGCCACACAGGAACCAUACACUACCUCAGUUGUGCCACCAACCAACAGUCCCUCGUUGACCCUACAACACUCAUCCUCAAGUUGUUGAAAGAAAAUGGCAUGUACAUCCUGUUUAAUACUGUACGUUUAAACAGGUUUUAUCAACACCUGUACAUAGUGCCAGCUUUAAAGUAUCGGUUAAACACGAGUAUACUUUCCUCACAGCUAACGUUGCAAACCAGUGAUAUUGCUUCGAUAAAAAACAAAAUAGGCAGCUAAUCAGGAUGAUUGUUGGAAGGUCACCGAGAGCCUGAUCUGCUCAGGGUGGGCUAGCUAUAAUUAAUUGCGUAAUCUGUUGCUUACGCUGCUCGUUACUUGUUUUGUUAUUACAAUUAAGUGAAUUCUCUAUGUUCAAAUGUACGUUUCAUACAAAUCUUAUUUGCAUUGUUAGAUUUCCAGAGGAUUUUGAUUUAUCAUGUCAGAAAUAGAAAGGUAGUAUCUAUGUUUAAUAUUACUAAACAGGUCAUUCAAUGAUGACCUGUUGUUCUACACAUAACGUGUAAAUUCUGUGAUGACCAGCACUGCCAGCUGUUAUUGCUUCCUCCUAUUGACAAACUAAUAAUAGUCUCGUUUUUUAUACAUUCCAUGUGUUGCUUAUGUACAUUUGUAUUGAUGCAUUCUCUUCAGAGGUGUACCGAUUUAUCGGUAUUGGUGGUAUCGGCUUAUUUUUGCAAUAUCGGUAUCUGUAAAAUUUCUGUCGAUACUUUAUUAGAGGCAGGUGUGUGCAGUAGUCCUAACAUCUGACAAAAAUAUUAAAUAGUAUCAGAUUAUCUUUUAUUUUUUUUUAGAGUAUCAGGGUAUCGGCUAAUAAAACAGUAUCAAUAUCGGUGAAAAUAAUGGUAUCGGUGGACCUCUUAAGUUGCCUGAAUGUCAAUGUAUAUGUAGGUAUACAUUGGUAGGUUGAGCAGAAGCAACAGUUUACAGUUCCUAGUCUUGAACACCCUGAGCAUCACCAAGUGCCUCGAACCACUAUACCUCAAAAGUCUCCAUAGUAACUCAUUCCAGUGGACCCAUAUCAGGAGUUUUGUUGUGCUCUUAUGUAACCAAUCAUCAAUAGGUGGAGGUCCGUAUUAGUAGAAAACUGUGCCAGGCUACUAUACCACUUGUUUAUUUUUAAUAGUAAUUACGGACCUCCAUACCAUUUUACUCAUAGCAAUGUUCAUACGAAUUAUUGUUGGUUUUAUACAAUGUCUUUAUGCAAUGGUUAUCUUUUUUUUUUUUUUUUGUAUAACUUAUGGCCUCCCACAACUGGCUGAUAGUAACUGGUAGCUACUAACAGCUUUCUACAACUGGCUGAUAGUAAUUUAUGACUACUAACAGCCUUCUAUAACUAGCUGAUAAUAGCUCGUGGCUGCUAACAGCCUUCUAUGACGGGUUGGUAAUAGCUCUUGGCUUUGAACAGCCUUCUGCAAAUGGCUUGAUAAUAGCUCUUGGCUGUGAACAACCUUCUGCAACUGGCUUGAUAAUAGCUCUUGGCUAUCACAGCCCUCUGCAAAUGGCUUGAUAAUAGCUCUUGGCUAUCAACAGCCUUCUGCAAAUGGCUUGAUAAUAGCUCUUGGCUAUCAACAGCCUUCUGCAAAUGGCUUGAUAAUAGCUCUUGGCUAUCAACAGCCUUCUGCAAAUGGCUUGAUAAUAGCUCUUGGCUAUCAACAGCCUUCUGCAAAUGGCUUGAUAAUAGCUCUUGGCUAUCACAGCCCUCUGCAACUGGCUUGAUAGUAAAUUAUGGUAAUUACAGCCUUCCACAACUGGCUUGAUAGUAAUUGUUUUGGGCAUUGUAUUUCCCCAACUAACAUCCAUUGUCUCUUGUGUUAUUUUAAGCAUUUUGGCAAUGUUUUAGAACAAAAAUGUUACUUUUGCCCUUUUUGGACACUGCUGUAACAGUAGCUUGUAUCAUUACAUAUUUUUAGCUUACUUUUAUGCUUAUUGUAAUUUUAACCUGGACAGUCGAGGUCCAGUAUGAUUGUAAUAUAUAUAUUUAAGACAGUGAGACAAGUUCAAAAUACCUGAGGGCUCAGACACUGUUUGGAAUUGUGUGUGUAUGCUUGAUAUGCAUGCAUGCUUGCUCGAUAUUGUGUGCACACGCUUGCUAUCAUGCUUGAUAUUAUGCAUGUGAGUUAGAGAUAAUGAAUGCAUGCUAGAGAUAAUGCAUGCAUGCUCAUGAUCAUGGGCACAUGCUCAAUGUCAUGUGUGUGGGCCUGACAUCAUGUGUGUGUGUGUGUAAUUACCUAAUUACUUAAUCACAUACACAUGUGUGCGUUUGACAUCAUGAGUGUGUGUGUGUGCUUGACAUCGUAUGUGCGUGUUUGUGCAGGCUCGACAUGUGUGUGCGCAGGCGCGAUGUGUGUGUGCGUGCGGGCGCGAUGUGUGUGUGUGCGUGCGGGCGCGAUGUGUGUGUGUGCGUGCGGGCGCGAUGUGUGUGUAUGCGUGCGGGCGCGAUGUGUGUGUGUGCGUGCGGGCGCGAUGUGUGUGUGUGCGUGCGGGCGCGAUGUGUGUGUGUGCGUGCGGGCGCGAUGUGUGUGUGCGGGCGGGCUCAACAUCGUUUGCAUGUGUGUUUACGGGUUCGACAUAGUGUGCACGUGCUAACUCAACAUUGUGCGUGUGUGUUGGCUUGUGGUUAUAUGUGCAUGCUCAUAAUCAUGGGUUCAUGCUCGAUAUUAUGUGUGCAUGGGCUCGAUAUUAUGCAUGCAUUGGCUUGAUGUUGUAUGUGCAGGGUUGUUGACAAGAGUGCAGGUUUGACGACGUGAGUGUGUGGGCUCGUCAUCAUAAGAGUGCAGGCUUGAUGCCGUGUGUGUGUGUGUGUGUGUGUGUGUGUGUGUGUGUGUGUGGGCUCCAUUUAAUGUAUGUGCAUUAAAUCUCGACUCGACAUCAUAUGUGUGCAGGCUCAUCAUCCUGUGUGCGCAUGCUUGAGAUCUUGCACAAUGUCUUGUGUGCAUGCUUGAGAUCUUGCAUCCCUAUGUGCUCGAGGUCUUGUGCACUUUCUCUAGGUCUUGCAUUCAUGCAUAUGUACUAGAGGUCUUGUGUGCCUUCUCAAGGUUUUGCAUGUAUGCUCGAGAUCUUCCAUGUACACUUGAUAUCUUGCAUGCAUGCAUGUCAAGGUCUUGCAUGCAUUUGUGAGAUCUAGUGUGCAUGCUAGAGAUGAUUAUGAAUGCAUGCAUGUUGAGGUCUGGUGUACGUUUGGGGUGUUGCAUGCAUACAUGUCAAUGUGUGGUGUGCAUGCUUGAGAUUGUGCAUGCAUGCACAUCUUGGUAUGCAUACUUGAGAUCUUGUACGCAUAUUAAAUGGCUGAUGCCUUCUUAAGAGGAAGUGCUCCAGUUUUUAUUCUUUAUUAUUAGGUACUGCAUAUGGCGGUAUUUUUGCUCAUACAAACUUCAUAUGUCUUGAUGUUUACCAGAGGCUAAUGUGUUGAACUUUCUCUUGUAUUGUUUCUAUGUAGGUAAUCAAAUAUGCAAUAGCAUUCGGUACAGUAUUGCCAAGUGGGCUUGUAUUGGAAGCCCUGGCAAAUAUCCCACCAUCAUAUUACACACAUCCAAAGAGUGAGGCAGUUGUAUAGUAAUUGUCAUUAAGAGGUGUCAUUUACCAUUCAUUGUGUGUCUUGAGUAUCGGUAGGAAUUUAGGAUUUUAUGUUAUUAAUUGACUAAAUUAUAUGGCAUUGUUAACUUGUGUUCCUAAGUGUUUACCUUUUUUAAUCAGUGUAUCUUUUUCCAGGCACAAAACAGCUUCAGAAUUCAUCUUUGGUCUAUUUAGUUAGCAGGGUUUUUUAUUAUCUUUAGUAUGUUUUAUGAGAUAAAAAUAAGUAUCCUAAAGCCAUAAUCUACUAAAAAAUCAUGAUGUAGUGGAUGAUAAUGCCAUGUAAGUGGGAACAAUCAUAAGGGAAGGCUUAUCCUUGUUUUAUUGGAUACUUUUCUUGUCCUCUCACUCACGCUCUCUCUUGUCCACUCAUUCACGCUCUCUUGUCCUCUCACUCGCUCUCUCGUCCACUCACGCUCUCUUGCCCACACACACACACACACACACACACACACACACACACACACACACACACACACACACACACACACACACACUUGCAUGCUCUCUUCUCCACUCUCAUUACACACUUAAAGCAACUAUUCAAAUAUUACUAGUUUACUCUCGCAUACUUCACAAUUCUCUUCACUUACUUCUCAUACAAACUGGGAAACUAACUUUUUGUACACUUUUAUUUCUUAAAUAAAAGUUAGCAGUAAUGACUACUAUAAGUCAGAAAGAACAUGUCAGGUGUUUUUAUUGCAAACAAUGUCUCUGCUCACACUAUAGAUGUUAACAAUGUCUUUACUCUAUGCUGAAGGUAUGGAAUUAGUAGGUAGGUCAAGAGCUAAAUAAAAAUUGUGCUUUUGACACCUGGCUCAAAGGAUGGAAACGUGCAUGCCUUUCACAUUGAUAUUUAACACCCGAGAUUUGGCAUUGCAGUGUGAGACGAAACUGACUGUGCAAUAUCCUACAGUGUCAAACUCACGUUUUUCAUGUUUUUUGUCUCUUUAAGCAGUUACUUUCCUGUUUCUUACUACAUUUAAGAUAGCAUUUUCAAAUAUAUUUCAAAUGUUUAAGAAUAAAAGCAGAAAAUGGUAUUAGAUUUGUGUGCAUAGGGUAUCCCUAAUUAAUGAUCAGGGUGUUCGUGUGUGUUAGGUCUCUCUAAUUAAUGAUUAUGGUCUUUGUGUGGGUAAGAUAUCCCUGAUCAGUGAGUAGGAUAUUAAUGUAUGGCAUUCCCAAUCGAUGAUUGGGAUGUUCAUUUGUAAGUGGUCCCUAAUGCAGGUGUUUGUAUGUGGUCCCUUAUAAAUGAUUGUGGUAAUUGGGUGUAAGGGAUCCAAAUCAAUAGUUAGAAGUGUUCGUGUGUGUGUGUGUGUGUGUAAGGUAUCCCUAAUCAAUGAUUGAUGUUUUGGGGUGUGUAAGGAGUCCCAGUCAAUGAUUAGGGUGCUUAUCAUGGGUGUAAAGUAUCUUUAAUCAGUGAUUGGGGUUUUAGCUCUUGCACAUCUACAAUACAUAGUUUAUAAUAACUGAUCUAUAGACACUUGAAAUGUGAAUGGUAAUGACAUGCUCUUUCUAGCCUAAGUUUAUCACAGUGCUGGCUGGUUAUUGUUUGUGUGUGUUGUCUUAUGUAUUGUACACGUCUUCAAGUGCACUGUUAACUCAUAACUAUUUAUCUGUGUAAAGAAAGCGAGUUUCCUGUUCUUGGGUCGGAGCAGACCCUGGCAGGGAUUCCCAUUGUGAAUCAGUUUAAUGUGCAUUUUAAAGGAUUUUGUUUUGGAAAUUUUCUUCGUUAAUUUUUCAAGCACUUGUACUCCUGACUUAAUGUAUUAAAUAUAUGAUAUUGUAGCUGUAAAAUGCAGAUACUGAGAUGGCACAGGAUGUUUGUGUCCAGUUUGACUAAACUGGGAUUAGGGUUAGUAUUAUUCACAGUUACUUAUUGCAAGUCAUAAUCAUUCGUACAAAAAUAAUAUUCAUUGCUCUUAACUAUAAUUUGACUUAACCACUGCACUGCUCUGCAUUAAAACACGACACACCCGUGGUGCGCCAAAAAAUAAAUUUUUUCCCAAAAAUUUUUUUCUCUUCUUAUAUUGAUAAAAUGCAGUCUCUGAUCACAGCAAACUAAAAAAAAAAAAAAAAUUGUAUCCGACAUACUUUAGCCGUGAUGGAACUGGGCAGAUGAGCAAAUUAUGGGCACUGAGUGAUGGAGCACUCAAGGUCACUAGGCCCCGCCACCCAGUGGGAUGGCAGUUGCUGCGAAUAUAAUGUUUCACAAUUAUUUGAUGCCUCUCAUUGUUUUUUCUCUGAUUUUAUGCUGUAAUAUUAUUCAAAAUUGUGUAAUUUGUGGAAUUUAUAUAGUCAAUGUGUGGAACAUUGCUAUGCUGAAAUUUGAGGCUCAUAUAUGUGACAUGUAUAUUAUAUUCUACAUUCAGUCAAACAGGGUUUUUGCUGUUAUUAUACUAUAUACACACAUUGUAUAUACCUAUCUACAUAUGUGUUCACCAUAGCGAACCACUAAGUUGGUAUGGUGAGCCCAAAAACCAAAAGUGGGCUGCCACACCCAGCCAGCCCUCCCUCACUCCUUCAACACCUAACUCGGCAACAAUAUUCCUUCCACAAUACUGCUUGUGGUAUUUUUACACUAUAUACACAUUAUAUAUAACUAUCUAUAUGUUUUAUUCACCAUAACGGUGCAACUAAGUUGGUAUGGUGUCCAAACAGCAUAGUUUGGAUAGGACACCAAAGACGACAGCCUCACUCACUCCCUCACCUAAAUAGCUCCUCCAACAUAAGCCUUUUGCUAUUAUUACACUCUAUACACACAUUAUAUAUAAGUAUCUACAUUUGUGUUCACCAUAGCGAACCAGUAAGCUGGUAUGGUGAUUCCAGACAAUAACGUGUUGCCACACACCAACCAGCAGCCGACGCUACCUCUCCCACCCUCCCUCACGAAAAUUACCCCCUUCCACCAUACUAUGCACAUUGCUAGUUCUCACCACAAUCCUGCUAUUAUCAGAAUCCUUGUCACUAAAUCAUGUAAAUGAAUAAUUUUCCACAUGUUUAUUUUGAAAAGGAACAUAAGAAAUUGUUUGAAGAAUUUUAGUUGGACGAAAUAAUGGCAGUGUGCUGUGGUAGCGCUGUAAGCAUCUUGAACAGCAUUUAUUCACCGAUAUCUGAACAUUGUAAACAGUCUUUAUCACAGUUAGGCUCUUCUGUAAUACUAGCAUGGCUAAAUAAUACCAGAUACAUGUAUAUUUGGAAAAUUUUAGGCGUUGCUGUGGUCAAAUGCUGAACAGCAAUGCUAUUAGCUCAUGCUGCGUGCGCUAACCUUUGUUGUUCACUCAGUACUGAGGCCUUCACACCCGGGAAUGUUGCCCACAAUUUUUUUUUUUAAUGGUGUCUGUUUAGGAUAGCUCUGAGGAAACUGAUGUGAACCCCAUGUAACCGCGGGAAUUUUGAAUGAUACGCUGUACCUAAAAGAUCCCUGAGGUGCGUUGUGCACCAUCCAUCAGGAGCCUCAAGGCGUGUUGCGCAGUGCAGUGGUUAAUCAUAAAAUUUUAAAAUAAUUUAUUUUUUAGAAUUGAGUUAUAAAGCAAUACAGUAUACAGAGAUUGAAUGAUAAAUUGAGUUGUUUGUUUAGGGAUGAAAUCGGUGACUUUUUCUUUGCCAACUACAAACUAAGAUACAUUUAAGAAGUAAUUCAAGUGAUAAUUUUUUACAAUAUUUAUUUUUUAAUAAAGUAAAAAAAAUUAUCAAAAAAAAAUUAUACUUAGUAAUUUUCUUCAUUUUUUAUGUGUUAUGUAACGAUGGCCAGCCAGCCAUAUGCGAAGGAGUCGGUAAGGACAGAUAAGUGUGCAAGGCUAGGCAAGAUCACAUUAACUAUAGCUCACAUUAUAAAUGUGGUAUAUUUGAACAUGUUUACAAUGAGACAGACACUCAUUCUCAUCUCACUCGUUUUAUUUUUUAUUUUUUUUGUUGUGACUUGUCUGGUUUCUUGAUAUUGUACAAGCAUGUUUGUUAUUACUGGCCUGUCCGACCCCUUCCUCAGAGGCUUUGUGAACCCACAUUGCUCAACCACUGACCAAAUGAUUCCAUGCCAUGUUGUUAAAUCCAGCUACCUCAAUCAGUCAGCAAUAGCAAUAGACUAUACCAGCUUAGAGGCCAAGUUUCUUAGUGGAGGUAUACUAAUCAUAGGGUGUUAAUGUAGUGUUCUACACUCUGGUAUUUUGUUUAUAACUAAUAAUUUUGGUACAAGCUUUGUUUUUCUGUAAUACAGAUUUAGGAUUUUAUAUUACAAUGUUUUGAUGAUAAGACUUUGAGAUGAAGAACUCAGGAUUAGUUUAAUCCUAGUAAGAAAAUGUUGAAUUAUGAGUAAAGAUAAAUUUCUUCC